GACAUGUUACGAACAUUUUAUAUGGGUAAAUUAUGAGUCUAUUAUCAUAGCUGAACACAUGCAUCGAGUUGUUUAAAUAAAGUUUUGCGUGUUUGCGAUGACCGCAAAGAUGGCUUCCUCUUUACUGAAGGUUGCAGUUACAGGUCUCUCGAGGUGUGCAUGGCACACUUUACCCUCAGUGAGGGCAUUGCGUCUGACUGUACCCGUCGCUCAAGGUGUCCCUCAGUCAUUAUGGAAGUUAGGCAGACUGAAUCAUGUGGCUAUCGCAGACCAGACCUAGAAAGCCACAGCACUGUAUCGUGAUGUGCUGGGGGCUCAAGUAAGCGCCACCGUACCACUCCCUGAGCACGGGGUGUACACUGUGUUUGUAGAACUGGGAAACACCAAAUUAGAGCUUCUGCACCCUCUGGGAGAGAAAAGCCCUAUUGCAGGAUUCCUGCAGAAGAACAAAGCUGGAGGGAUGCAUCAUAUCUGUAUUGAGGUGGAUGAUAUCAACGCUGCAAUAGUUGAUUUGAAGGAAAAGAAAAUCAGGCUGCUCUCCCCAGAGCCACGGAUAGGGGCUCACGGCAAACCAGUGAUGUUCCUCCACCCUAAAGACUGUGAUGGGGUUCUUGUGGAGAUAGAACAAGCCUAGCUAUCACACAUGAGAGUAUCUAGCAUACAGAGACACUUUGAUUUUUGACACUUAAGCUAUUGUGAUUAUAUUAAGAAGAAUGGUAUGAUUCCACUUGUUUCACUAAUCAUUAAUCUGUUAUGGUGUGCUUUAUAUUCUUGGCCUUUUUUCUGAAGUAAAGAUUUUCUUUAAUCACUUAAUAAAUGGUUAAAGUUAGUUUGAUCCUUUGACUCUUUGCAAGCUCACACAUUCAAAAUGUGUGCAGAGUAUGUAAAUCAUGUUUAAUUUUUUUUUCCCCCUCGCAAUAACAUUUGUGGGGUACACUUGGUAUU